AGGGAGAUACAAACUAGCGACUCAACCUUUGAAACAAUAUCCAACCUGACGUUCGAAGCAACACGCUACGAGAAUGGAGCCAAGUUCCAGUGUGAAGCAGUCAACGACGUCAUGGAGCAAAUGAGGGAACAACCGCUGAGGGCUACUAAGGAGCUGGAGAUUUGGUACCCUCCCAUCGUUCGUGUGGAGCCACCCAACAUGACUGUCCUGGAAGGUGCUAAUAUUUUGCUCAAAUGUGAAUAUGAGAGCAAUCCUUCGUCUCUGGAUCAAGUUAUCUGGUAUCGAAAUAAUACACGUGUCGAAGUCAAUGGUACAUCACACUACAACGGCGGUACAGUAGACCAACACGCUCUCAUCAUCAGAAACGUUCGUGGCGACGACAUGGGCAACUAUACUUGUCUAUUAGCCAAUGCAGUUGGCAAUGGAACCAGUGAAACCAGUAUUGAUGUUAAUGUGUUGUUUCGCCCGCAAGUAAGCCUCUCCAUGAACUACCCAAGCCCAAUCUUAGAAACGGACCAUCGCAACGUGACGCUGACCUGCGAAGUUACUUCGGGUAAUCCGCCGAUCCUGGAUGAGGUCAUCUGGUAUUUGGAUGGGGAGGUAUUGAAACAUUUGCCUGAAUGCAACGGGACACAAAAUGAUGAGAACCUAUGCAACGAAGUGGAUCCAUCAAUGCUACUUCUCCAAGACACGACAAAAAGCUUCCACGGAAAUUACUCUUGUAUGGGCAAGAACACUGCUGGGUGGGGAAACGAAAGUGCCAAGACUGAACUUGUUGUUAAUUAUCCACCUGGACCAGCAAAGUUAACGUAUUCUCCUUGGAGAGUGGUGAAAGGGAAGUCACUGGUGCUCAGCUGCAGUGUACAAGAAAAAGGAAGACCUGAAGCUCAUAGAUUCCGUUGGCACCGUGGAGGCCGUUUAGUCAGCGAUAUCGUCUCGCAAAACUGGACAAUUGACCCCGUCACUUUGGACCAUCGGACCAACUUCUCUUGUCGUGGUAUCAACGCGGGAGGAGAGGGCGAGGCGGCUUUUACUUCUAUUGAUGUACUUGCUCCGCCGAGCUUCAAAUACGCGAUGAAUCACUACAGUGGGGCUCUUUACAAAUCGCAAAACAUAUCUCUGUCCUGCACGGUGGAGUGCGCUCCGCUGUGCACAGUGGAGUGGCUGAAGAACGGUGUUUUAAUCGACCCACAGAAGACCGAUCGAUAUUACAUCGUUAAUAGGACCAUCGAGCCACAAGUUAACCGGAAUGAUUUUGAAGCCACCGAGUCUACUUUGUUCUGGAACAUGGCGGCGUGGCCCGGCGGCGUGCUUGACCGCGCGACGGACACCGCAAGCUACACUUGCCGGUCAUCGCGGAACGACGCCGGUCCGCCUGUCAACAGCACCACUAAAUUUGCUGUAGAGUACGAGCCAGAAAACAUAACGGUGACACCAAAAGCUGUGCCGGUAGUUGAGAACGAGAUUCCAGCUAAAGUAGUUUGUUCCGCUAGAGGCUUUCCAAUGCCUAGCUACUCCUGGCGUCGGGAAAACCCCAGCAAGAGCGGAGGCAAAGACCACACGAACAACUCCCUCAUCCUAUCGUCCUCCAAUACACUACUCCUCGGAAAAGUACAACGGAAGGACGCAGGCAACUACGUGUGCGAGGCCUACAAUCGGCAUGGAUCUGUGAAUACAACUGUUCUUUUGGAUGUUAUGUUUGUACCGGAGUGCAGUAUAAAGAGAGUGGAAAUAAAAGGUGAACAAGUUUUAGUAUGUACUGCAAUUGCCAAUCCUAUAGAGGUCUCCUUUACAUGGAAACUUCGCAACGAAAACGAUACCCUUACAUACAAAGCCAGGAGUGAUGAAGGACCACGAAGCUACCUUACUCUAAGCUCCAGCGUCACCAUGCAUAGAAGAUACCUCUGCUACGCCAAUAACACUAUUGGCAUGUCCAAGCCUUGUUGGAAGGAUGUUGAUGCCAACUGGGAAAGCUUGGGAGCACUGCCGUGGUGGAAAGACCAGAAGAAACUGAUCCUCAUCGGAGGAAUAGCACUGGCAUUACUGAUCGUGGUCGUGAUUCUAUGCAUCAUCAUCAUUUGCGUGUGCCGCCGCAUGCGCGCGAAGUCCAAAUACAAUAAUCCAGUGGAGUUAGAGGAGAGAGAAAAUCCCGAUGGUAGCUGUCUAAAUGAAGUAUCUAUUGCCCAAUCCAUAAUAUCACAAGCGUUACCCGCACUAUCGCCAAGGAUAAAUCUAUCAUUUAGCCCUAAAUCUUGUGAUCGGACACGGUUGGUUGAUAACAGUCAUUUAGAAAUGAAUAAAUUUAGAGAAAACUCGACUUUACAAGCCAAUCUAUCCCAGCUGGAAGCAACUAUUAACGCUCACAGAUCUCCAAAUGCCAAUGACGUAAACGAUGUCAACGAAACACAGACACCAAAAACGACAACAAGAAACGAAGCACAAGCAAAUCCGUCACCUGUGGUAUCACCCAACAAAUGGCCUUUGAAACCUGGUGUCUUAGUGCAUGUGAAUUCAAACCAUACACUAAGCCCAAAGAAUCAAGCGAGGCUGCAAGCCGCAAAUAUUUCAAAAGCUGAAGAAAGAGACGACGAAGCAAAUCUCGGUUUGUUAGAACGAAACAGAAAGACUGACGAUUCCCAAGACAAGACUGAAUACUCAAAAAAGACAGGGAAGCCCAGACGAAAUACUCAAAAUGUUGUGACAGGAAUUUUUAAAACCCUAAGAAGAAAAAGCACUGAUUCAGAUGACAGCGGCAAAUAUAAAAAGAUUAAUAAAACCAACAAAAGGGCAGUGUCGUUAGUGAAUUUGAAUAAAAUGGGCUAUAGUUUGCCAAAGAAUAGAUUACGUUCAUUUUUUCAAAGUGAAACGCCUAAUGUAAUAGUUACGGAAGGAGUUGUAUCGUUCAAAAGGCCUGAUAAAAUUGCAACCAGUGCCCCUAUUAAACCUUUUCGUGAGGAACCGGCCAAAACAUGUAGGAAAAGAAAAAAACCUGGUGAGAGCCCACCUACGAAUGGCGUAGAUAAUGCCCCCAACGGCAACCUUGGAGCGGACAACCCAGGUGUCUACGAGAACCUGCCGUUCCACGGUCUACAACAACCUCCUAAUAAGCCUGUGCAAGUCAUACAACCUCGAAUCGUGGAGACUAACCAAAAAACUGCCAAAGGAAUAGCUGACUUACAAAAGCAAUUGACUACAAACCCAUCUUUUACACCAAGAGUUGUCUGCCCACCAUUCGUUCAGAAUACAGUAACGUAUCCUAUAAAUUCUCCAUCAACUUCUCAAAUACAAACUACCUAUGGAAUACCAGUACUAUCACCGAUACAACAAAUGUAUCCUUUACAUCAGACGGUGUUACUUAAUUCGUACUUGCCAGCAAUGCAAACGUCAUUUCUGAAACAAUUCCCAACGAUUGAUGAAGAAAUUGAACCGGACACUAAGAAAUUCUCCUCUCUUAAUACGAGAAAUGUGAGGAAACUUCCACAGUUUCAAAGCAUGAGAGCCGUCCGCAAAAGAAAUAUUGAGCGAUUUUACCCUAAUACUGAAUAUGGAGAAAACUUUACUGAAAUAAACAAUAACAAGGAUCAAGACGAAUCUGGAAGUGACAAAGAUGUACUGAAUGAAGUCGAGAAUAUAAUUUAUGCAAAUUUCCCUUCGCUGCUUAAAAUUAAAUCGAAUAUAAGUGGUGUGGAUCAGUUUGAGAAUCUCACAGAUUCUAUACAAGUUUGCGAAGAGAGCGCUGAUCAAAUUAAUGUUUCAAACGAUUCUCUUAAUAGACCAGUGCCUGCACCUAGAACAAAACUCUCUCCUGUUAAACCUUCUCCUAAUAAAGAUCACGUGUAUGUAAAUUUAUCAAUGCCUUUGAUAAAAACCAACUUUACUAAAUCAUAUGACGUAGUUGAUGCUCCUGUAAGACCUACAAAAUCUGCGGAAGAUAUUUCAAAGACUGAGAAAUCUGGUUUAUCAUUACCUAGAGCUCCUAAACUUAGAUUAAAUAAAGUACAAAAUAAUAAUGAAUCUAAAAACAAUGAGAGUGGUAAUGAAGACGAUAAUGAUGGAGCAAAUGAUGAAAAUCUUGAAAAGAAACAGGAUUCCAAACCAAAUAUAAUCGGAGCAACUCCAAAAAGAAACUUGUCGGCAAUUCUACCUUCGAGUUCAUUAGUCAAAGCCGUUGUGAGCCAAUUUAAUGAAAAAUCUGAGAUUAAUAAAGUCGGUUUACCGAAACGACAGGUGAUACUCCAAAAACCCUUACAAAUACCAAAGUUAUCCGAAAAACCUGUACCAAAGAGAACGUUACGGCGCAGCAAUUCCGUUCAAAGUAGUUUAACUAUCAACAGCGAUAAUUCUGAGAAUACUAACAUCCUACAACAGCAGUACCUACAAAAGCGCAAUCAUUUCACUAACCUUAGCUCCAAAGGGAAAAACAAGAAAAACUUUCAAAUACCUCUGCAGAAACACCAUAGCUUCUGUUACUUUCAACCAAUAAGAGUCGACAAACGAUUGCCUGUUGAUCAGGAAAGAUCGUACAAUAAUACAAUAGGACCCUUGAUAUAUCAACCUCCAGACACUCAGUACUACACCAAAACCUUGAACAGAACUAGAGAAAAGAACUCACAGAAAUUGAAUCGUCUAAAAAAAUCUGAAAGUCUCAGAGAAAAGCUGUCAUGUGUCGGAGUGUAUGAUAAUUAUGAGAAACCAGAUUACCCGGAACCUGAAUAUAAUGACAGUGAAAGAAGAAACUACUUACAGUUCUUGAAAGGGAAUUACAUAUCAAAUUCAACAAGAAACCUUGGUCCUGAGAAUUAUAAUUUUAAUACUGGUAAUAAGGAUGAUAAACCUAAACAUAAGAAGUUAGUUUAUGCAGAUUUAGCUUUAGGGAACCAUAAUUUAAAAUUUAAGAAUACAGUCAAUUCUAAUAGACACUUGUAUGAUACGUACGCGGUGGGAGAUAGUACUAACAAGGAAACUAACUGUAGUUAUAAGAAUGUAAGAAAAGGCAGUCAUAGUCAGCAAAGGAGUGAUUAUGCGACGCUCAAAUUCAACGAGAUUGACGUUUGAGAGCCUUUCAAACCGGAUGACCAAUUCAUUUACGCCGACGCGGACAUGAAGGACUAUGGACCGAUUAAUUACAAAGCAGCCUCAAU